AUGUUUCAACUUGAAGAUUUCCAAAAAGCUACUCUUAAAGUUUUGAAUCUUCAUUUGAUGCAAGACAUUUCUUUACAACAGAACUCUCCGUUACACCGGAAACGAGCGAAAAGUAAGCAAGAUUCUCAUUUGAAGAGCAACAGCGAGUAUCAUGAAUACUUGAUGUUUAACUUGAGCUUGCGGUGA